GCGUGGCAGUGAGGCUCAAAGAUCUUCUAUUGUGCGAGAACCAAUCAAAGAAGGCUGUCCACGUGUGCACGAAAUUAUUGAAAAUGCCUGCAUAAUGUCCGUGCAGAGUUCAAACGCAGUGAGUACAAUAGUUUUCCAUCUUCACUGUUCAUGUAGACGCUAAGAAGUAUGAAUAUUUGCAGGGCUAGUAUAAAGUCGACGGUGUCGAAGACCCGAUGGCUCUUUGGAACCAGGCCUCUUCAUUUCAGCGCGGUCAGACGUAGCAUGGAGGUUCACCCUUGUCCAGAGCAGUUUAAGCAGGGGGGUGAGGUCCGUCCCGUGGUGGUUUUGUUUGGAUGGCUUUUAGCCAAGAGUCGUCAUCUGCACAAAUAUGGCGAGCUGUAUCAUCAACACGGAGCUGACGUCAUCACUGUGAAAUUAGAAGUAAUGGAGAUUCUCCGACCAAAGAGAGCGGAACAAGUGGCUGCUAAAGUCCUGAACGAGCUAACCUCUGCGGAAAACCUGCACAGGCCUGUCAUAGUACACGGCUUCUCCGUCGGAGGUUAUCUCUACAGCCAUGUUCUCAAUUUAAUGGAAAAACUAGAUAAGUUCUCCCCUGUAAAGACCAGAAUACGCGGGCAAGUGUUCGACAGCCCGGUGGAUUUCCAUGGAAUUCCCUACGGCAUUUCCAACGCCGCCGCUGAAAAUCCAUUCGUUCGCUGGCUUAUGAAAUCCUCUAUCGAGUCCUAUUUGCUGCUUUUCGCAAGAUACACGACCAAAGUUUACGUGGCGCAUUCCCAUUUGUUCCAUAACAACCCAGUCCGCUCGCCCGCGUUGUUUCUGUUUUCCAAAGAUGACAAAGUUGCUGACGUCAACACAUGCCAAGCAUGCGCAGAUCACUGGAGGAACAAACUCAACAUGAAUGUGAGGCAGAAGUGUUUCGACAGUUCGCCUCACGUAUCACACUUCUACGUUCACAACAAGGAAUACACUCAGGCAGUGAAAGACUUUUUACGCGACUUGGAUGUUCCUGCCGUGGCGGUGUAGACUCUGUCGGAGCCCAUUUUACAUGUAGAAUGUUUUAUCCAGAAAGUUCAUCAGUUCGCAUCUAUCAGAACAUUUCGGUUUCCCGGAUCCCGAGCUCUGUAUAAAGUUCCGAAAACCCCACUCCUUUUACUGUAAUAGGAAAGGGAACGCUCGGGCUCCCCUUUGUCGAUAUAAAAGGGCCCGUUAUAUUUUAUGACUCCUCAUGAUCAAGCGCUGGUUUGAUUAAAAAUGAACUCAGUUUGCAACUCUGAUGAAGGUGGACAGAGGCCACCAAAAAUUCAGUAAAAAAAAAAUCAUACAAAUUUACUAAGAUCGGAUUACAAAAGAAGUUUAAGAGAUUAAAAACAUUCAUAACUUA